CCACCGACAAACAAAUCAACAACAAUGGCAUUCAAGUUCGUAGUAUUCUGUGCCGCUUUGGCCGCCGCUAACGCUGGUCUUUUGGGCGCUCCAGCCGUCUCGACUUACGCUGCUGCUCCAGCUCUCUCCUACGCCGCUCCAGCAGUCUCCACACUCUCUUACGCCGCUCCAGCCGUUGCUGCCGCCCCAGCUCUCGCCUACUCCGCCCCGGUAGUUGCUAAGGCCCCAGUCGCCACCUCUUACUCCUACACCAAACAAAUUUCUGCGUCCCCAGCCAUCUCCACCUACGCCGCUGCUCCAGCAAUUUCCACUUACGCUGCCCCAGCAAUCUCCACCUAUGCUGUUCCAGCCAUCUCCUCUUACGCUGCUGCUCCAGCUAUUUCUGCCUACGCUGCCCCAGCCAUUUCUACUUAUGCCGCCGCUCCAGCUUAUUCAACCUACACUGCUUCUCCAGCUCUUUCUUAUUCUGCUCCAGUUGCCAAAGUUUGGUAAAAGGAGAAACGAACUGUUAUUGUAAAUAAUUAAUUUAUGUGAUUAAAUAUAAACAAUUA